AUGCAAUAUCUUACAGGAAAAGUGAUCUCUCAGAAUGGACUGGGUCUUGCGGGAUUCACCAAUCUGAGCCCUCAGAUACCUGAUGAGCAAGCAUUUAAAGUCCUCAAAGCUGCUCUUACAGCCGGGGUCACUCUGUGGAACGCCGCCGACUUUUAUGGGCCUCCAGAGGCUACCUCUCUCCAUUUGAUGAAUCGCUACUUCACCGCAUAUCCGGAGGACGCAGACAAAGUCGUACUAUGUGUCAAGAGCGGAGUAAGACAAAUGAGCACAUUUUUAAUGGAUUGUUCAGCUCCAGCGCUUCGAGACUUCGUUGACAAUGCCCUCAAAAUCCUAGACGGAAAGAAAAAGAUAGAUAUCUUUGGAUGUGCACGAGUCGACCCCGCCGUUCCAGUAGAAGAAAGCAUCAGAGCAUUGGCCAAGUUGAAAAUGGAAGGCAAGAUAGGAGGAAUCCAAUUGAGUGAAGUGAAAGCCGAUACGAUCCGGAGGGCUGCAGUAGUAGAAAAGAUUGAUAUGGUCGAGGCCGAAAUCAGUUUGUGGGCUACUGAUGUCUUCAAGAAUGGUGUGGCCGAAGUUUGUGCGGAACUGGGUAUUGUUCUCGUCGCACAUUCGCCUCUCGCAGGGGGGAUGCUCACCGGAAAGAUCAAGAGUCUAGAUGAUAUGUCGCCAAAUGACCAUCAUCGUCGCUUCCCACGGUGGCAUCCCGAGAAUUUUGCGAAGAACAUGCUCCUUGUGGAAGCAUUGGAAAGAUUUGCAGAACAAAAGGGAUGCACUAUGCCUCAACUAGCUUUGACAUGGAUCAAGAUUCAAAGCGGAAAACCGGCCAUGCCGUAUAUCGUUCCUAUCGCUGGUACCAAAUCGGAAGCAAGGCUGCAGGAUAAUCUACAUGGGGUAGACCUGACGGAUGAGGAUCUUGAAGAAUUGGACGCCGUCUUGGAAAAGCAUCCAGUUGUGGGCGCUAGAUAUCCUCCUGGUGGAGCAAAGCUGGCUGAGUACUAG